GGUCAGCGGCGCCACGAGCUCUACUUCAGUUGUCCGACUGGCGGUUAGGCUGUUCCUGUGCUGCGAGAAGAGCGACCCGAGGAGCCGCCCCUUGUCCCUGCUUGGGUCCCUCCCUGCGCCCGCUGGCUGCUUGGAGCCUUGUUAAGAGACGAAGCCAGUAGGUUUUGAGCAGCGCCAUGUUUCACGUUUUGAGGCAGUCUCAGGAGGAGAGCCCCCAGGAGCACGGCAUGGAAGGCCGGGACGGGCUCAAAAAGGAGCGGCUUUUAGAUGAUCGCCACGAUAGCGGCCUGGACUCGAUGAAAGAUGAGGAAUACGAGCUGAUGGUGAAAGAGCUGAAGGAGAUCAGGAUUCAGCCUCAGGAGGCGCAUGCCGGGCCGCCCCAGGAGUCUUGGAAACUACAGAUCACCGAGGACGGAGACACGUUUCUCCACUUGGCCAUCAUUCACGAAGAGAAGACGUUGAGUUUGGAAAUCAUCCGACAAGUGGGAGGGGAUUUGGCUUUCCUCAACUCUCAGAACAAUCUGCAACAGACUCCUCUUCACUUGGCAGUGAUCACCAAACAGCCAGAGAUUGCUGAGGCACUCCUAAAAGCUGGCUGUGACCCAGAGCUCAGGGACUUUCAAGGGAAUACACCUCUGCACCUUGCUUGUGAGCAGGGCUGCCUGGCUGGUAUAGGAGUGCUUACCCAAUAUUGCCAAAUCCAGGACCUCCUCUCAGUGCUUCAUUCUACAAACUACAAUGGUCACACAUGCCUCCAUUUGGCUUCCAUCCAUGGCUACUUAGCAGUAGUGGAACAUUUGGUAUCCUUGGGAGCUGAUGUCAAUGCUCAGGAGCCCUGUAAUGGCCGAACUGCCCUCCAUCUUGCUGUAGACUUGCAGAAUCCUGAACUGGUAUCACUCCUUUUGAGGUGUGGGGCUGAUGUCAACAAAGUAACUUACCAGGGUUACUCUCCAUAUCAACUCACUUGGGGCAGAGAAAAUACUACAAUUCAAAAGCUUUUGGGGCAGCUGACCAUGGAAAACUUGCAAAUGCUUCCAGAGAGUGAAGAUGAAGAGAGCUAUGAUACAGAGUUGGAAUUCACAGAGGAUGAAUUGCUCUAUGAUGACUGUGUGAUUGGAGGCCAACGACUAGCAUUAUGAACGAACAUGAAAGAGCAUGAAGCUCUACUCUGUAUAAUUUGUACAAAAAGAUAUUUUAUUUUUCUAAAAAAAAAUUAAAACACAAAAAAAAUGCACAAAUAACAAUAUAAGUUGUCCUGAAACACAUUAUUAUAAAAUAUCUUAUAUCUCUUCUUGUUGUGAAUUCUUGGCAUGGUACAAGAAAGAUUGGAAAUUCACAGAAAAUUUCUUAAGAGGCACACGAGGUUUUUGAAGAAAUUUUCAAUAUUUGGUUUGCUGAAAAGAAUUGCAUGUUUGUUACCAAAUAUUUUGCUGACUUUCUAACCAUGGAUUCUAAUGGCUUACCAUUGCUGCUUUCUGUGAUCAUUAAUAGUAAGAAGAACUGAAAGAAAAAUUUUGAACAUUGUUAAAGAAUUGGCUUCUGAUCCUAUCACCUUGUCAGUGAUGAUUACAGUCUCUUGUAAAUUGUGUAUAUUAUGUGUAUUUUGUUGGUAAUGUUUUGGUAUUUUUAAAAUGUAUAUUUAUUAAACAGAUUUUCUAUGCCAGGAUCAUCUUAGUUUGUUGGUGUUUUCUCUAUUCUCUAUUUUAUAAAUGAUAGAGUAUUCACAUCAUACUGAGAUUAAUACUAGAGUCAAGAGAGAGCACAUUUAUUCCAGGGUAGGGAAGAAUAAGUUAAUUGCAAUCAUCAGGAUUACCCUAGUUCCAUUUGUUGCUUCUGAGAAAUACUAGACACCAACAAUCUCCUUUUGGCAAAGGAUCAUGGACGAUAUAAACAGGGAUCAGUAUGAGAAUGACAAGCAAUGGCCUAUACUUUUUCUAGUUAAAGGAAACUUUAUGGGGUUUGAUGGGGUUUUUUUUCUUUCUUUUCCAUCUUUACUAUGCAAAAAUCACUAUACCCACCUACUGCAGUGUAAUGGAAAAAACAGGCUUUUGUAUCUAAGGAACCUAGCUUUCAAUCCCAGCUCUACUACUUUAGUGUACAACUUUGGCCAAAUCACUUAAACUCUGAGCUUCAGAUUACUCAUCUGUAAAAUGUGAAGGUUGAUGGAAAGGAUUUCUAGGGUUUAAGUUUAGAUUUAAAAGAUUUUUAAAUCUAUAGAAUUGUUGUACUUUCCUUGUAAUAAGGAAGAACAAUUAAGUGAAAUAAACCAGAUACAUUGAGUACAUCUUGAUAGCCUUAUUCCACACCUAGUGUUUAUUACUCCACUCUAUCCCUAGGUUUGAUCCAUUUCCACAGAGAAAACUUUAAGAAUGAUAGUAGUUCAUAUCCACAUGUGGAAAAUCUUCAAAAGUCAUUGGAGGGAUUUUAAUUUGGUAAAUUAUGCAAAGAAAAAAAAUCCAACUAAAACCUUAAUAGAGGAAAUUAGAAAGGAAAAGAUUUUGUACCUAUACUGCUGGCAUGUAGUAGAUAUUUAAAUGCCUGUUAACUGAGCAAAUGUAGGCAGAGAAUUCAGUCUGCAAGAAUUAGUGUUAACUUUUCAGAGUAUCUAUUCACCUGUAGAGAUAAUAUUCUCAGGAUCCCCAUAAGAUUACAAGGUUAAUCAUAGAUGAAUGUGUAGAGAACUAUGAAUAAAAUUUAUAUAUAUAUAUGUGUGUGUAUAUAUACAUGCUUGUGUGUGUACAUAUACAUAAACCCAAAUAGUGUAGGAGUAAACAGCUUAUGACAUAGUGUUAAGGAACACCUAAACUUAAAGACCUGCAUCUUACACAGACAAACUCCAUGAUCCUGGGCAAAUCAGAACUUCUUGAUGCCUCCAGUUAGCAGAAGAUUAAAAAAAUUCUUUGCUGGGACCUCCACUUAUUAAAUCACAUUAAAAAAAAAAAAAAAGAUUUCAAUUACUUAUAAUAAAUAUAAGAAGGAAUAGGAAGUGAUAAUAGAAAUGUGGAAAUAGAUCACAACUGGAAAUGAUUUUUCCAUCAAGUUUCAGCCAGUUCCAAGUAAGAUAGAAAUCUAUAAAUACUGAUUUCCUGGACUGUCCAUUGGCAAGUUUUCAGAGGUAAUAUUGCAUAUUAAUUUUGGGACUAUCUACAUUCAUCUAUUUUGUUUGUAAAAAAAGAAGUGGAAACACUUUGUGAGAUUACUUUUAAAACCUUGAAGUGCUAUCUCCAAAGGGGAAGAAAUUUUGGCAAAGAGGAAUUCAUAGAAUACUAAAAAUUGCAAGGGAACUUAGAAAUUUGAUAGUAUACAUAAUUUAACUCGGUAGUCUUGUACAUAGUAAGUAGUUAAUAAAUGCCUAAUGAAUUGAGUCUAUUGUAAUCCCUGUCUUUUACGGGGAAGAAAGGAGCCAGAGAGAUCAAAAGAUUGUCCUAAAAGGGCAAAUAGUGAUACAGAUUUUAUAUAUGCUAUUUUUUUGCAAAUCUUUGAAUGUGAUUAUUUGUAUAUGUGGGGAUGGAAAUGGGGAGGAAAGGAUUGAAUGGAACUAUGGAUUUUUUUUUUGUAUUUUUUUAUUCUGAUGUUCACCUCCAACUGAAAUGAGCACUUCCAUAACAUAGUAAAACAAAAAAAGAGGAUGAUACAUGACUGUCAAUCUAUUACAUUUCUUUAUGAGAAUAUAAUAAAUUCAAUGUGUAACUUUUAAAAGCUAUCCUGUAUAUCUGUGAUGCCUUCUGUCCUUUAAGGAUUUUUAAAAGAAAAUCUGUUUAAUCAUA